GAUUUUUUUUCAAAGAAAUUGAUAAGAGAAACAGCAACACGUUAUCACUACUCUGUUGUCAUUUCCUUCAAUACAACACGAGUAAUUCUUUCAAUUAAUUCUUCUGUUACCACCGAAAGGGUCAACAACGAGUCACAAUUACAAGUUUUCCUUCUCCUAAUCUUUUUAACAACCUUCGGUGGCGUCACAACAGUUUCCCGUGAAGGUAGUUUUUCUUCCUUCUCUGUUACUACAACUUCAUUCGUUUUAUUGCCGGGCAGAAUCUCCUUUGUUAUCUCUGUUCGUUCUUCUUUCACAGGUCCAUCGCUAUUUUCUGAAACAUUCCUACUCUCCACAAAUGUUUCCUUGAUGGUUUCAUGUGAAGGUAGUUUUUCUUCUUUCUCUGUUACUACAACUUCAUUCGUUUUAUUGCCGGGCAGAAUCUCCUUUGUUAUCUCUGUUCGUUCUUCUUUCACAGAUCCAUCGCCAAUUUCUGUAUUAUUUCUACGCUCCACAGAUGUCAUCGAAAUGCUUUCCUGUGAAGGUAGUUUUUCUUCUUUCUCUGUUACUACAAUUUCAUUCGUUUUAUUGCCGGGCAGAAUCUCCUUUGUUAUCUCUGUUCGUUCUUCUUUCACAGGUCCAUCCCCAUUUUCUGUAACAUUACGCUCCACAGAUGUCAUCGAAAUGCUUUCCUGUGAAGGUAGUUUUUCUUCUUUCUCUGUUACUACAGCUUCAUUCGUUUUAUUGCCGGGCAGAAUCUCCUUUGUUAUCUCUGUUCGUUCUUCUUUCAGAGGUCCAUCGCCAUUGUCUGAAACAUUCCUACUCUCCACAAAUGUUUCCUUGAUGGUUUCAUGUGAAGGUAGUUUUUCUUCCUUCUCUGUUACUACAACUUCAUUCGUUUUAUUGCCGGGCAGAAUCUCCUUUGUUAUCUCUGUUCGGUCUACUAUCAGAGGUCCAUCGCCAUUUUCUGUAACAUUCCUACUCUCCACAAAUUUUUCCUUGAUGGUUUCCCGUGAAGGUAGUUUUUCUUCUUUUUCUGUUACUACAAUUUCAUUCGUUUUAUUGCCGGGCAGAAUCUCCUUUGUUAUCUCUGUUCGGUCUACUAUCAGAGGUCCAUCGCCAUUUUCUGUAACAUUCCUACUCUCCACAAAUUUUUCCUUGAUGGUUUCCCGUGAAGGUAGUUUUUCUUCUUUCUCUGUUACUACAGCUUCAUUCGUUUUAUUGCCGGGCAGAAUCUCCUUUGUUGUCUCUGUUCGUUCUUCUUUCACAGGUCCAUCGCCAUUUUCUGUAACAUUCCUACUCUCCACAAAUGUUUCCUUGAUGGUUUCAUGUGAAGGUAGUUUUUCUUCUUUUUCUGUUACUACAAUUUCAUUCGUUUUAUUGCCGGGCAGAAUCUCCUUUGUUAUCUCUGUUCGUUCUUCUUUCACAGGUCCAUCGCCAUUUUCUGUAACAUUCCUACUCUCCACAAAUGUUUCCUUGAUGGUUUCAUGUGAAGGUAGUUUUUCUUCUUUCUCUGUUACUACAAUUUCAUUCGUUUUAUUGCCGGGCAGAAUCUCCUUUGUUAUCUCUGUUCGUUCUUCUUUCACAGGUCCAUCGCCAUUUUCUGAAACAUUCCUACUCUCCACAAAUGUUUCCUUGAUGGUUUCAUGUGAAGGUAGUUUUUCUUCUUUCUCUGUUACUACAACUUCAUUCGUUUUAUUGCCGGGCAGAAUCUCCUUUGUUAUCUCUGUUCGUUCUUCUUUCACAGGUCCAUCGCCAUUUUCUGAAACAUUCCUACUCUCCACAGAUGUUUCCUUGAUGGUUUCAUGUGAAGGUAGUUUUUCUUCUUUCUUUGUUACUACAACUUCAUUCGUUUUAUUGCCGGGCAGAAUCUCCUUUGUUAUCUCUGUUCGUUCUUCUUUCACAGGUCCAUCGCCAUUUUCUGAAACAUUCCUACUCUCCACAGAUGUUUCCUUGAUGGUUUCAAGUGAAGGUAGUUUUUCUUCUUUCUCUGUUACUACAACUUCAUUCGUUUUAUUGCCGGGCAGAAUCUCCUUUGUCAUCUCUGUUCGUUCUUCCUCAUCCAUAACAACCUGUGUUUCCGUAGUCUUUGAUACAUUUCCGUGGGGCUUUACGUCAGUUUCUGUAGUCUUUUCAACGACUGUCUUGUUGCUGGUUACAUGCCCCGUUUCAUCUGUAUCAUCAAAGACUUUCCUUUCCACGGUCUUCAUGGUGUCAUUAGGGCCAUUUUCCACCUCUUCGUCACCUUUUCCCCAAGGCUCCUCGGCGGCCUUCUCCAGGCUAGUGGAGGCCGCCCCGUCCUUUUGGACCCCGGUGGAGCCCGCACCCCCGGCCAGCGACAGGCUGCUGGCAUUCAGAUUCCCGAGGACCAUGAAGAUCGUCCAAACUACGAAGAGCAACAUAGUUGUUGACUGAGAGAUGAUAUUAAAAAUAAUUACGGUU